AUGAGUGAUGAGGGGAGCAGGGAGGGGGUGUGUGGUGUGAGUGAUGAGGGGGAGCAGAGGGGUGGUGGUGUGAGUGCAGAGCCAGUGAUCCUGGACCUUCGGGACCUGUUCCAGCUCAUCUAUCAGAUCAAACAGAGAGAGGAGAUGGAGAAGAAAGCCCAGAAGGACAAACAAUGUGAACAGGCUGUGUACCAGACUAUUCUGGAGGAAGAUUUGGAGGAUCCUGUCUACCAGUACAUUGUGUUUGAGGCGGGACACGAGCCCAUCCGCGACCAUUCAGAAGAGAGCAUUUAUCAGGUUCCGACCAGCCAACAGAAGGAGGGGGUAUAUGACGUCCCCAAGAGACACCCAAAUAUCAACCAAUUAGAGCUUUUCGGAGACAUCUCCACACUCCCGGACAUCUACUCCCCCUCGACCCCUGCCUCUCCAGCCAACACCCUGGACCCGUCUCUGGGCCUGCAGCCCCUCACAGAACUCUUCAACCCCUUCAACCCCGCCUCUGUACCCUCAGGUUAUGUGGCGAUGGGAGCUGUACCUCCAGGUCAGGUGUGGUCGCAGCAGGCUUUUGCUGCCCAGGCAGGUCCUCUGUUUGGGGUCCAGUCCCCCCUGGGUCAGUCCCUCCCUGUAGCCCAGGUCCUGCCUGGAGGCCAGCCUCUCAUCUGGGGCCAGGCCAACCUCUUCCCUGCUACACAGCAGCAGUGGGCCGCCAUGACGGGAGCGGGUAUAUACACACAGACACAAACAUGGUUCCCUGCUACAGCCUACCUCCCAGCCCAGCCAGGAUCUCUGCCUGCCAUGCCUGCCAUGUUCCUCCCUGUCAAUCAACCCUGUGAUAGCCUAUCAUCUGCCAGUGCUGCCUCUAACCCAACCCCCUCAUCAGCCUCAAGUCCACAGCAUGCAGAGAGGCAGCGGCAGAAGAUGAGCAAGGAGAUGUUUAAGGACUUCCAGCUAGUGAAGCCCCCUGCCAUGCCUGCUAAGAUGGGGGACCAGCACCCCUGUCUAGCUGGGACCUCGGAGGCCUUCAGCUCCUAUUUCAGCCAUGUGGGGACUGCCACCGAUACAGACGACUGUGAGGACUUUGACAUCUCUCAGCUCAACCUCACUCCUGUCACCUCCACCACUCCCUCCACUAACUCACCUCCGACACCGGCCCCCAGACAGAGUUCUCCAUCUAAAUCGGCGGCGUCUCACGUUAGUGACCACAUUGACCACAUCAGUGACCCCCCCACAGACGCCACCGACCCCUCCACAGAUGACUCGUUCGGUGAGGUCGAGGGCAGCCCCAGUCGAAGUGGAGAGGAGGACGCUGCGUGUGGGUCUGGUCUCCUUGUCCCAGUGAGACAGCAGUUCUAGUCCAGCCCAAAUCAGUCCACCUGCCAACAGCUAGAUAGACGCUGGCUGGGUGCUGGGUAGGUAUCUAUCCAACCUCCUCUCCUCCUUCUCCUCCCUCCUUCCUUUGCUUUCUGUAAGCCUGCCUUCUCCACACACACCUUACCUUACUGAUCUUCUGUUCACCCUCUCUAUUCUGGCUCUCUCUUUCUCUCCACCUUCCUUUUUCUUGUCCUCUCACUUAUCCUGUCUGCUGCAUCCUCUGAUGAUAGCAUGGUGUGUCUGACUGCCUGUGGUUGGGUUGUGUGAUUAUCCAACUGCGCAUGUGUGUGCUUCUGCGUCUGUGUGUGUGCUUGUUGUGUGUGUUGUGUCUUGUUGUGUCUGUGUUCUCUCCCUGUAGCCAC